AUUGACCAGCAUGGCUGCGUGCACAGGGCAUGACUCAUCGGGGUUCCCAACUUCCAAAGGGUUGCCCCUUUCAAAACUUUCAUACAGCUUUAGUAAGUGGAGCAUCAAGUGGAAUAAAAAAGGGAUGUAGGUCUUCACCUACUGCAGACACAUUCUCUCAAGCAUGAAUGAGAGCGACCAAAGUUCUGUCAACCUCUGCUCUCAAGACAAGGAAAUGUUGGGAGGAGAUGAACAAGAAAAUGAUGGAGGGAGCCUAAAGCUUAGUUUUGAAAAUCCCAAUUAUCACCUGGAUCCAGAAAGAUUGGCUGAUGCACUCAACUCCAAUAAUCUUGAUCUGGAAGACCUGGACCUUUCUGCCCUAGAGGCAGAUGUUGAGAGCCUAUAUGAAGAACUUGGUGGGAAGUCAAAGUCAGCAGAUGGCAGGAGCAAAACGAAGCGACAUGGAAGGGGAACAUAUGCCCACCUUCAGCCUUCAUCCAUGGGGGUGGAUGUUGAUCUUGGUCCUUUUCAGUCUGACUCCCAUCAAGAGAACAGGUGCCACUCCUCCUCAUUGUCCUCCAGCGACAUGAGUAGUAAUGAAGAUGCCGAUUCCGGGAAAGACUCCCCUGAUGGCUCUGACUCGGAAGUGGAUCAUAACUCCAUUCAUGAGUUGCAUGGGAAGCUUGCCAAAGAUACAACUGAUGCUCCGGGGAUCCCUCAUAUCCCAGGAAAGGUGAAUAAUGACCUGUAUGCUGUGCCAGUGAAGAGGAGAUCGGGAGAAAAGUCCACCUUUUUUGCUGAUUCUUCGCUUCCUCCUGGCUGGGAACGGCACGAAGAUGAGAAUGGGCCAUAUUAUUGGCAUGUCAAAAGUGGGACCAUUCAGAGGGAUCUUCCAAGUCAGGAGUCUUUUGAAUCAAGCUCAUAUCGACACUCAUUGGCUAACUUGGAAGAAGCCCUGAAGGCUGUCACAGUACCUAGAAGUCUCACAAGUGAUAUGCUUGCAGACAUUGAUUCCAGGGAUCACAAGGUUGAUGCUGCAUACAAUCCCAUUCAACUUGCCAUCUCUUGGGAUAGGAGAAGAAGUUACCCAGUUCGACUGGAACCAGAGGAUGGUCAUAAUUACUCCAAUAAUGGAGAAGGGAAGGGGAAGAAUCUGGUUCGAUUUUCUGUCCGGUCUCUUGGCUGGGUGGAGAUCUCUGAAGAGGACCUCACUCCUGAGCGCAGCUCCAAGGCUGUCAACAAGUGCAUAGUUGAUCUCUCCCUCGGCAGGAACGACAUCCUGGAUUCCGUUGGGAAGUGGGGCGAUGGAAAGGACUUAUACUUGGAUCUGGAUGACACUUCCCUGAAACUGAUUGACCCUGAUUCUCUUCUGGUGGUGAAUGCUCAGCCAAUUCAUACCAUCAGAGUGUGGGGAGUUGGCAGGGACAAUGGCAGGGACUUUGCAUAUGUGGCACGUGACAAGGUAACACGGAAGCACAUGUGCCACGUGUUUCGCUGUGACACACCUGCUCGAGUGAUUGCCAACACCCUCAGAGAUAUCUGCAAGAGGAUUAUGAUUGAACGCAGCUUGCAUCAUGGCCUUGGAAGGCCCUCCGAUCAUGGUGGAGGGCUGAGUGGGAGUGUGGGGCCAAGGAGACCAAAUCAUCUUCCAGUUGACAGAGCAAAUUCCUCAUCUCCUUCCUCCAAACUUCUCAUCAUGCAAAGUUUCCCAACCCCAAUGGAGGAACCCCGGAAGGUCCUGAAGUCCUACUACUUGGGCUCUGAACCAGUGGAAAAGGCUGUGGGGAUGGACAUGCUGAAUGGAGCCAUAGAUUCAUUGGCAGAUGCCAAACCCAAGGACCAGUGGGUCCCUGUGUCUGUUGCUGUUGCACCCUCCACCAUCACUGUUACUCCCAUCCAAGAUGUAGGAGGGAAGAGAGAUGAAAGUGUUUUAUGUGAAUGCCGUGUGAGAUACCUGUCCUUCCUCGGGAUUGGGAGGGAUGUGAGGCACUGUGGUUUCAUCAUGCAUACACCUGAUGACAAAUUCAUUGCGCAUGCUUUCUACUGUGAGCCUUCUUCUGGAGCACUAUGCAAGACCAUUGAAGCUGCCUGCAAGUUGAGGUAUCAGAAGUGUAUGGAUUCACAUGGGCCAAGGCCUGAGAGCAAUGCAACCACUCCUGGUCGCAGCAUCGGAGCCACCAUCAAGUCUGUGAUUGGGUCGUUGACUGGGCGCAGGACAAAAUCCACUGAAUCCUGAAAUGAUCCUCUUCAUUUCCCUUGUGUGUGCAAGAAAGUGGCUAGUCACAUUGCUUCUGUGAGUGUGGAUGUCUCUUUUGAGGGACCAUCAUACAUUUGCUUUAAAGAAUGCUUUGAGAGUAUCAGCUGUCAAAAGUGAAUGGUGGAUGAAUAUUGAAAUUGGCCAAUAACCAAUUGCUGCCGUAGGAUCAAGUACUCUAGCUGAUAAUCAACCAAUCAUUUAUUAUAGGCAAUUGGCUAAUUGCAGGUGUAUACAAAAUGGGCCAAUUUACUGAUAUAGUAAAUAUUGACUCCAUUGUCACCAAAUAGUAAAUUUUGAUGUUUUGAGGUAUUGAGCCCUGGGUGUCCUUUCCCCAUACAUGGUCAACAAAAAUUGUAAUACAUUGUAUGCUCUAAAGCAGAAGUACCUAUGAAUAGAACCUGAUGGUCUGCAGACUGGUCUCUCGUGCCAUUUGAGGAAGCCAUAAGCAAUACUCAUAUGCAAAAACUUUCCCCCUCUUUCUGUUGUUUUUUUUUCUCCUAGAGCUCUGUACUUGCACACGAUGUAAGGAAGUCAGGACAAUACGAACAUAUCUGCCUUACCUGUAUGUGUUCUGGCUGUCCUCCAUUCUUCCCCUCUCCUGUUAAAUUAUUGCAAGUAUUUCUAUUAUCAAAACUCCCCACAUCUGCACAGCAUGCUAAUCGUACAAUCUGGGACUAUGUUCAUACAAGUGACUUUUCCUUGUGAAUCUGUUUGCAUGGAGCAAACAGAAACAGAAGACUACUGUUUUUUUCUCUCUGGCAUACUACUUUCUCAAGUAUCUUUAUGAUUGUGGGUUCACUGUUAAGUCAAUUUUGCUUCAAUUAAAGAGUUCUGCAACACUGGCUAGAUAUGGACCAACUGUUGUGAUGGUCAAUUUCAUCUGUAUUUUGCAGGUAAUGCCAGUUGGCAAUCUCAUCUUGCAGAUUAAACUGUUUCAGAUAGAUACCAUGAUAGGGAUUCCAGGAGAAAUUUUUAAUUGCAUUGAUAUUGUCAUAGCC